AUGCGGUCGAGCAUUGCUUUAGUCAUUCUGGCUGCCCUUGGCGUCAUGUCGGCACCCGUUGCGGAACCUGACACUCUUGGCCACGGUGAAUAUGCUCGCGACACUCUCGGUCAUGGCGAAUAUGCUCGCGACACUCUCGGUCAUGGCGAAUAUGCUCGCGACACUCUCGGCCAUGGCGAAUAUGCCCGCGACAACCUUGGUCAUGGCGAAUAUGCUCGCGAUACAUUGGGUCACGGAGAGUAUGCUCGUGACGAGUAG